AUGGAUUCUACCGAUUUUAGAGCAUUUCCACAAGAAAAGCUGAAGAUCUCAAUUCCUGAUGAUUCAUGCAACUUGGAAUUACCCUUCAUCAGUGAUUCUCAGGUAAGCUCAAAUUCGGACUCUCACUCUGUAGAAAGCUCUGGUUUUGGUUUUGAUCCUACGGUUUCUGUUGAAUACUUGGAUUUCCUUCGAGCCCAAUUGGAUUUUUCUGGUAAUGAGAAUGUGAAUGCAACUCAAGCUAUUGAUUUUCUGAGAAAUGAGAAUGUGGGUUUUGAUGGGUUUUUGGAAUUCAAUUCCAUUACCCAAAACACAGUUCAGAAACUUCACAAUCCAGAAACAGAUAUUGAUUUGCAGAAAGCUAAGGUGUCUGGAGAAGUAAUGGAUUUGGAGGUCCCUACUGUUUCUAUUGAGAUCAUUCAGAACAAGAGGCCAUUCAAGUGUUCAGAGCCUGGAUGUGACAAAACUUUUAGAAAUCCACAAACCCUAAGACUCCAUUACAGGACUCACUUCAGUAAUGAAUCUCUCAUUUCUCGGCAAUGGUCUGAUAAUUCAGUGUCUCAAGCAUCCAAAGCUGGAAACAACAAGAAAGUUCCAUGCCGGUGCCCUGUAUGUGGCCGGACUUGUGUGGGUCUCUAUGAACUUCGCCGGCAUUUCGGCCGGAAGCACUCGGAAGGGGAGAAGCUGCACAAUUGUAGGAAAUGUGAGAAGAAAUUUUAUGUGGAAAUAGACUUGAAGGAUCAUGAGAAGCUUUGUGGUGAGAGGGUUGAAUGCAAAUGUGGCUUGAAAUUUGCAUUCAAAUGUAACCUUUCAGCUCAUAAGAGAACCCACCCUGAAUGUGCCGAAGAUCAUUCUGUGAAAACUUAA